CGCGGAGCGCGAUGGCCGCGGCGUGUGCGCGCCUGAACCACGUGUGGGUCGGCACCGAGACGGGGAUCCUGAAAGGGGUAAAUCUUCAGCGCAAACAGGCGGCGAACUUCACGGCGACCGGGCAGCCGCGGCGCGAGGAGGCGGUGAGCGCCCUGUGCUGGGGCGCCGGCGGCGAGGCCCAGAUCCUGGUGGGCUGCGAGGACCGGACUGUGAGGCACUUCGAUACCGAGGAGGGCACAUUCCAGGGCCAGAGGCACUGCCCAGGCGGGGAGGGCACGUUCCGAGGUCUCGCCCAGGCUGAUGGCACCCUUAUCACAUGUGUGGAUUCUGGGAUCCUCAGAGUCUGGAGUGACAAUGAGAAGGAGGCAUCCUCUGACCCCCUCCUGGAACUGAAGGUGGGUCCUGGGGUAUGUAGGAUGCGUCAAGAUCCAGCACACUCCCAUAUGGUUGCCACGGGUGGAAAGGAAAAUGCUUUAAAACUGUGGGACCUUCAGCGGUCUGAACAACCUGUGUUCAGGGCCAAGAAUGUGCGGAAUGAUUGGCUUGAUCUUCGAGUUCCCAUCUGGGACCAGGAUAUACACUUUCUCCCUGGGUCACAGAAGCUUGUCACAUGCACAGGGUACCAUCAGGUCCGUGUCUAUGAUCCAGCCUCUCCUCAGCGCCGGCCAGUUCUAGAGACCACCUAUGGAGAGUACCCACUGACAGCCAUGGCUGUCACUCCUGAGGGCAAUUCUGUCAUCAUAGGCAACACUCAUGGACAGCUAGCAGAAAUUGAUUUUCGGCAAGGGCGCCUACUGGGCUGUCUGAAGGGGCUGGCAGGCAGUGUCCGCGGGCUGCAGUGUCACCCUUCAAAACCCCUACUAGCUUCCUGUGGCUUGGACAGAGUCUUGAGGAUACACAGGAUCCGGAAUCCACGUGGCCUAGAGCAUAAGGUUUAUCUCAAGUCUCGACUGAACUGCCUCCUCCUGUCAGGCAGGGAUAACUGGGAGGAUGAGCCCGAAGAACCUCAGAAGCCCAACAAUGUGCCAGAAGACACAGAGACCGAUGAGCUUUGGGCGGCUUUGGAGGCAGCUGCCAAGCGGAAGCUUCCGGAUGCGGGUCCCCGAGGGACUGUCCAAACCGGGAAGAUAAAAAAGAAACGUUCUAGAUCACCAGUUCCUUAAGACUGCUUACUUUCUAAAUAAACAGCUAAAUUCAUCAUGA